GAGAUUCUAGUAGAUUUUUAUUAAUUCUCACUGAUUUUCGUUGAUUCUCGCUCACGGUGGAUGUGCAACGAUUUAGCUGUGACAAAAACUCAUUUGCUAACAAAUCUUAAAAUUGUUGAAAUUAUUUUAGAUUCUACGAGUUGAACGCACUACGUACAUUCUGAAAAAUGAGCGUAACGUUACAUACGGAUGUCGGCGACAUAAAAAUAGAACUGUUUUGUGAGAUGUGUCCGAAGACGUGCGAGAAUUUUCUUGCGCUCGGCGCCAGUGGAUACUAUGACAAUUGUCUGUUUCACCGGAAUAUAAAAGGCUUUAUUGUCCAAACUGGAGAUCCUACUAAUACGGGUAAAGGAGGCACCUCUAUAUGGAAUCGCAAGUUUGAAGAUGAAUUUAAAGAGGAGCUUAAACACAAUGCGAGAGGUCUUGUCUCCAUGGCUAACAAUGGCCCUAAUACAAAUGGCAGUCAGUUUUUCAUUACUUACGCACCUCAAUCACAUCUGGACCUAAAAUAUACUUUGUUUGGAAAAGUCAUUGAUGGUUUAGAAACCUUGGAACAAUUGGAAAAACUACCGGUGAACCCUAAAAAUUAUAAACCACUCGCAGAAAUCAGGAUAAACAAUGUAACUAUACAUGCUAACCCAUUAGCGGGAUAGACCUGAAUGAUGAAAUGUUUUUUAUCA